CCGAGUAACGAAUGUUUCUAUUGGUCAAAAAUGGGUCUUCAACAAAAUACCCAAUAAUAUUGAAGAUUGCAAUUUCAACUGCCCUAGUUUGAAUUUGCUGGCUGCCUUUAUUUAUACACAAUACAAAUUUAUCGAUUUAUACUUGGUUCAGAUGGAUAAUACUCAACAGAAAAACAACAGAGCAUCUCUCAGGGAUCAAAUAAUGAAAUGGCGUGAAGAACGACAAACACGCUUGGCAGGUCGAAUUUUAGGUAACAGACAGGGUAAAGUUUCUUCAGCCAUAUUUGGCACAGUAACAUCUUCAAAUGUAACUACACAAUCAACUGAUAACAACCUACCACCUUCUGUAGCAAAAAACAAGCCACACAAAAAUCCAAACACAAGACCAAAUACUGCACCUGUGAUAAAGCACACUCUAGCUAGCAAGUUACGGAUGAUAAAGGCAAAUCCACUACUUGAAGCACGAGGAUUAAUUACAGUACCGCCAAAGAAGAAGACUGAGAAUGCAGGAGGAAACAAUAGACACACUGCACAGUCGAAUACAGUUCCACUGUCAUCCGCUGUACCACCCUGCUUGCAGCACGUGACUUCAUUUAAACAAUCCAGUUCUCUCAAUUUAAACAGUAAUGAAAGGCGAGGCAGGAGAGUUAAUCCUCAGCCAGUGAAAAGAAAUGUCUUUGUUCGAAGGUCACUUAGUACUGGUCCUCCAGUUAGCAGGUUUCAAGCAAACAAGGCCACUGAAAACAUGAAUAUCAGAAGAAUUAAGUCUGCUGUAGACAUUAAAGACAUUAAAGAUGCCAUUAUUAAGGAGGAAAAUGAAGAACAACUGGAUGAUACGAUUCCACUACAGCAACAAGCUCAAAUAAGUUACCAAACUCCCCAGAGAGCAAGAAGUAACUUAUCUUUUAAAUCUGUAAAAGGAGAUAAAAUGCUAGGGCCCAUGCCAGAUGUUAUGAGGAAACGUUUAUCUGACUGGCUGCACAAAAGAGGAAAAUCAUUUGAAAAUUUCAGUCACUUGCAUUGUUUUGGUCUUCAAGCAUCCCACAUAGCAAACGACAGUGCAAAUUCUAGACAGCACUAUAAGCCAGGUGCAGUUAAGGGAGAGAACAAAGAGAAAAUGGUGCGACAGAGCUGUAUCUCAAACGCGGAGCCACCUGCUCCGGGAAACGAACGGCCUGCUUGUUCAAAUCUCAUGGAAGAUAAUAAGGAGAAUGUGCGUGUUGGAAAUUCAGAUCAGCUGGUUGAAGAUGCGAUAAAAGAUCUGCUGAAUAUUGUUCGCAUUGGUUAUCCAUGGGAUCGGUGUGAAGAAUGGCUGACCAUGAUUCGCAAAUUCUAUCCUGGCGUAAAGGAAGUGCCCAUUUACUGGGAGUGUGUGGCUGCUUUGCAAGAAGUGCAAGGAGACUUCAGAUCUGCUGUCGACUGUUACGAGAAAGCAAUAAUACAUGGAGCUUCACUUACUAAGGUUGGCGAAUCGCUUGAUCAGUUGAUGGAGAAAUUCAACAUUUUAAAUCUUAACUGUGAUGUGGGACAAGACAAGAGCAGCAGUGUCAAAACACCACGUAAGCAUGAAGUCGAUGUCCGCAACAUUUUUAAAUCGACUAUAAUAAAGUUUGCACAGCUACAGAAAGCUCUGAAAAGGACCAAUCUGGGAGUGGAAGCACUGUCACCAUAUUUCAUCGUCACUCCAGUACGUCGCAGUACGAGAGCUUCUCUGUCCCACUAUCGUUCGACACCUCAAUUACAUUAUGUGAAUUCACUACAGCAACUUGGGGCAGGAGUUCAGAAGCCCAUGGUGUUCCAACCAAAUCGUGCAUUUGAUUCUUAAUUUCCCUUCGAAAAGGUUGUCCCCAUUCAAUUCCUUAUUCAUUAAAAGGGUUACUGCAUCUAGAAAUAUAUUCUUUACAGAAAAGUGACACCGCUAGAUUUUGUACUUCAGAAAAUUGGUAAUACUUACACCGAGGCAUUGAAAAGAAAGUAUAAUGCACGGUUAGCUGCUCUGCCUAAUCAGAAUGUUAUGGUAGACACUGGGUAUGCCCUUAUAAUAUUAACUUCUUCCUGCAACAUUUCCACUUUGUGGCUCUAACGAAGGAUCCUCUCCACCUUUCUGUCUUCCGCUCAAUUUGUUCAUGUCAUUUGGCCGGCUGCCAAGAGUCUGUAAUAUGUAUUGUUCUUUCUGGAGAAAACAGGCUAAUGCUUUGUAUAUUAUAUAUGAGUAGACUAAAUAUGUAAUAAUAUAAACACCAAUUAUUUUGUUAAAUUAAUAGGUACCUACUUAUAGACAAUAAUAGCGAUACUUAAACGUUUGUUUUCUUGAACUCUGUCUCUUCAUUUCAAAACAAAGUUGAGACUUCUCUAUUUAAUGAGGAAUUUUCAAAUUACUCUUCGCUUUGGUCCAAUUAAAUUCCAGUCAUGGACCAAAGCCUUUCAAGCAUUUUUUUUUUUUUUUGGUGAAAAUU